AGAUAUACAUUCGACAUACUUUCAAUCAUGCGUAACUUCUUUUUUAAUGCGCAGUUUUAAAAACACUUUCAAAAAUGGUAAAUAAUAAUUAAACAUGAAAACUAUUUUAAUACUUGGUUUUCUGAGUGUGAUAGGAUUUACUUUACAAGAAGAUUCACAGCACUCUCACCACAAAGAUUAUCAUACCCAUCGACGAAAUCAUCCCCAUAAUCAUCAUCACCAUCACCACCACACCAAACAUGUUAAUCACCAGAAACACUACUUAAAGAACGGAAAUCAAAAAAAUAUACUUUUAAAACAAAAUAUUCAUAACACAUUUUCAAAUGCACAAAAGCGACAUGUUACUCUGUCUCCAACGUUUCGUCUUAGCGCAUUUAGAAAGACUAAUGAAUCAUUGCACAAUGAAGAACUAUUACUUCGAAGCAACAUAACGGCAAACACCACAGAAUCUAACCCUGAAAUACAACAUUUAAAUAAAUCUGAGCUGUUUAAAAGUAACAGUUCAAUUGCAACAUUAGAAACAACGCCUCCUAUUUUAUUAAGUAUUGUCCUUCCAACGAUAGAACCAUCAACAACGUCAAAAAUUAAGACCACAGAAUCAACAACAACAAGAACAACAACAACAGCAGCAACAACAACAACAGCAGCAACAACAACAACAGCAGCAACAACAACAACAGCAGCAGCAACAACAACAACAGCAGCAACAACAUUGACAACAACAGAACCAGUCAAAAUUUUAACUACAGAAACUACAAAAUUUCAUCAGUGUUGUAAUUUUAACUCAACAAAAACGUUUAACUGUUCUACAAAUAGUAUUUAUCCAUCUUGUAUUGUGACUUCAAUGAAUGUUGAAAAAGACACAAACGCUGGUGCACAAAGCCUUUCUCAAAACAUUACGUCAGUGUUAAAUUUAGUGAUUCCAACAAUAGCCAACCAAAAGAAUAAAAAUGUAACAAUACAAAAUGGUCAAUGGUCUGUUUUUUCAAACAGCUCAAUUGAUACAAAAAAUUCUCUCUUUAAAUACUUAAAUAAUAUUAGCGAAGAAGUUUUGUUUGUUCCAAAACAUCUACAGAAUAAAACACAAGAUACAAAUACACAUACAAAAGACACCAUAUUAGGAGCAAAAGCAGGCAAGGAUCUAAACAUAGAUAUUCUUAAACUUCAAAAUGCUUCUAAAAACGUAGCAAAUUAUUCUGGUGACUUUACCAGUCGGUUUAAUAAUAAUAAGCCUAACCUUUUUUCGACUAAUCAGUCAAAGCUUUUACAACCAUUUGGAAACAAUACAACUUCACGCAGUGAAAUAAAAAAAGGUUUUGUUUUACAGAGCAAAAGUCAUUUGGUUAAUCAUGCAAUGCUCUCAAGCGUUAUAAAAAAUAAAACAAACACAAUCAAUGGUGUUAAAAAAAUAAAUGGAGAACCCAAUGUGUUAUUGAAAAAAAAAGAAAACACCAAGCAAAAAGCAAUUCAAAAAAAUCAUAGCAAAUUAAGAAUGAAGCUUUGUAAACCAAAAACGAUAAAUUUAAGGCAGUUAGACAUGAUGACAAAUCCUCUUGAGGAUAAUGACGUAGCUGAAGCUGGCAUUAGCUGUACAGUACUAGCGCGUAGACAUCUAAUAACAACAUAUAAAUCAAAAAACGAAACAAAAGUUAAAACAGAGAGCGCACCAAGUUCAAAAAAGGCUCCUGCCAAAGAUAACGUUGGUACUGGUACGUCGUAUGCAGAUAGGCAGAAAGAGUUAGAAUUAAUUAAAUAUAAAAUUUUGAACGACAUUUAUGAUCAACCGACAACAGAAACCAAACUAGACGACAAAAAUAAUUUAAACAAAUCAAUUCCAAUUGAUCCCACAUUAGUGCAGCAAAGAGCUGAGGAGGAAAACGUCGAAGAAUCUUUAAAAGAUGCAAAUUUAGGAGUAUUAGGUAUAGAUGAUCAUCCUGCAAUUGAUCCGCCUAUCCUUUCUAACCACACAAAUUUUGCAAACAAAACUUUGAAAAAUAAAACACUAAAAGAGAAAAAUUCUACCAGAAAAAAAGUAAAUCCCAAGAAGCUAACCAACGAAUUAAAUCAAAACGUAUCAGAGUCGAAAAAAACACAUGUCAAACGCGUUUUAUGCUUCGGUGAUUCACUAACGCGAGGAUAUUACAAACAAGGAACUGCUUAUCAUCCAUAUUCUGAGCGUUUAAAACAGCUUUUUGAAAAAUAUAACAAGAACACUUUAUACGAAGUAAUAAACAGCGGUGUAAACAGUGAAUGUGCUUCAACAAGUAUGCAAACUCGAUUACCACAAGUAAUCAAAACACUUGCUCCGUUAGAUUUAGUUAUUAUAUUAGCAGGAACAAACGAUAUACUUGGUCAUUGUGGAAAUAUUUCAAACUUAUUUACAUCUAUAAAGUCACUACACGAAAUUGUUUUAGGAAGUGGCUGCAAGACUGCAGUCGUUACGAUACCGCCGGUUUUUAGCAUUAAUGGAACAGCAGUAACUGAAAAUUCAAAAAAAAUGCUGAGCGAAUUAAACGACAAAUUAAGGAUGUAUGUUGAUAUACAUAUGCAUCCGGAUCGAAUUUUUCUCAUUGAUUUAGCAGAUAAAUUUCCACAUGAGGACGAUUUAUUUAGAAAAACCAUGUGGGACGAUGAUGUACACUUUAGUCCCCAGGGCUAUGAUCAAGCAGGAGAAAUUAUUUUUAGUAGUAUUAGAGGAAAGAUAUAAAAUUAAAUAGAAGCUAAAACAAUUUUUCAAAAACAAUUUCAGUAUAUUGAAAGUUCAAAAAUAACAAUUUAAUUUGAAAUUAUUACUGUUAUUAUAAGUGUUUAAGAACAUGUAAAUACAUAUAUUUAUAU